UCGGAUGCGACCGUAAACAGUCGCGCGGGGCACACGGCGCGGCGCUGGGCGCGUGGAAGUGGCCGUGUUGGCCGGCGGCAGCAGAGAAGUUCAAUCAUGGCGGCAGAUGCCAUCAUGAUCAUGAGAGGUUUGACAAAGCUCAGUAAAGCAGUCCUGGAAACCCAAGCAGGACAGCUGCGGCAGGUGGUCCUUGGGGGCGAUGCAGUUACCAUUGCAAAGAGUCUCCAGGCAACUGCUGAAGAGCAGUUUAGUUCUGCCUGGGGAAAAAUGCAGGAACUGGGCAAACAACAGGAGAACUUAAGCGAUUUCAGUGAGGAUUUUGGGAAAGACUAUGACUUCUUGGCACAGGAGCCAUCGGAUGCUUCGAGGGACUUCUCUACUGCCCCCAGCAAGCCUCAUGAACACAGCAGUGAGGGCCCUGCUUACUCUUACACUACAAACGGACCUCUUAAAAGUGUUGGUGAGACUGGAGAUUCUGGCCUGGGUCAGAAGCCUUUCCCUCCCAAAAUGGAUGCAAGGUUAUUUGGAGGCUUUAGGGACCCUGGAAAUCCUUUUGCUGCUGUCUUUGGACAAAAUAGGGCUUUUCACCAAGAUCACUCCUCUGUUGGUGGAUUAACAGCUGAAGAUAUCGAUAAAGCCAGACAGGCCAAAACUGAGCAGAAACCUUACAAACAGAUGCUCAGUGAACGGGCUCGGGAGCGAAAGGUUCCUGUCACAAGGAUUGGGAGGCUUGCCAACUUUGGAGGAUUAGCUGUUGGUCUUGGCAUUGGGGCGUUGGCAGAAGUUGCGAAGAAGAGCCUUAGACCUGAAGAACGCAGUGGAAAGAAAGCGGUGAUGGAUUCCAGCCCGUUCCUGUCGGAGGCCAACGCAGAAAGAAUUGUGAGAACCUUGUGCAAGGUCCGGGGGGCAGCACUGAAGCUGGGGCAGAUGUUAAGCAUCCAAGAUGAUGCCUUCAUCAAUCCGCACCUCCAGAGAAUUUUUGAGCGCGUACGUCAGAGUGCUGACUUCAUGCCGAUAAAGCAGAUGAUGAAAACGCUGAACAAUGACCUUGGCCCCAACUGGAGAGACAAACUGGAAUCCUUUGAAGAACGCCCUUUUGCUGCUGCUUCAAUUGGUCAGGUUCACCUGGCACGCUUAAAAAACGGAAAAGAAGUUGCUAUGAAAAUUCAGUACCCUGGAGUAGCCCAGAGCAUUAACAGCGAUGUUAAUAACCUGAUGACUGUCCUGAGCAUGAGCAAUAUUCUGCCUGAAGGUUUGUUCCCUGAGCACUUGAUUGAAGUCCUGAGCAGAGAGCUGGCCCUGGAGUGCGACUACCAGAGAGAAGCUGCCUGCGCGAAGAAAUUCCAGGAGCUGCUGAAAGACCACCCCUUCUUUUACGUUCCAAGAGUAGUGGAUGAGCUGUGCAGCAAACAUGUCCUGACCACAGAGCUGGUGUCUGGCUUCCCCUUGGAUCAAGCUGUAGGGCUGAGCCAGGAGAUCCGAAAUGAGAUUUGUCACAACAUUCUGGUCCUGUGUCUGCGGGAGCUGUUUGAGUUCAGGUACAUGCAGACUGACCCCAACUGGUCCAACUUCUUCUAUGACCCGCAGCUGCACAAGGUGGCUCUGCUGGACUUUGGAGCAACACGAGGAUUUGAUGAGAAGUUCACCGAUGUUUACAUCGAGGUAAUCAAGGCAGCUGCUGACAUGGACAGAGAGAGAGUACUGAAGAAGUCCAUUGAAAUGAAAUUCCUCACUGGCUAUGAAGUCAAGGAAAUGGAAGAUGCCCACUUAAACGCUGUCCUCAUCCUGGGAGAGGCUUUUGCAUCUGAAGAACCUUUUGAUUUUGGUAACCAGAGCACCACUGAAAAGAUCCAUGGUUUAAUUCCAGUCAUGCUGAAGCAUCGGCUUGUUCCUCCACCAGAAGAGACCUACUCUCUUCAUCGGAAGAUGGGGGGUUCUUUCCUUAUCUGCACCAAACUGAAGGCCAAAAUUCCUUGCAAAAACAUGUUCAAAGAGGCAUACAGCAAAUAUUGGAGCAGUAGGGGCAAGAAGCCAGAGGAUUAGUAAGAAUGAACUAAUGUUCUGAGGGCACAGUUUGCGCCUUGCAAAGAGCGUUCUAGCCUCCCAUGUGUUCCGUUGUAGCUCUCCAUCCUCUUGAUUUGCAGCAGCCUGUGCCUUGGAAGCCAAGCGUGUGUUUCACGAGGACAAAGUUUGUUCUUUCACGUUCUGUCUGUCCUAAACUAAGACUGCCAGUACAGCCUGCAGCUUGCAGGAAAAUAGCACAAGUGCUUCUGUACUGUUUCAAGGCACCAGCCAACUACCUUGAAUACAUUUUUAACAUUGUGAUGGUGGCUGCACAGUGAUUGGGUUUUAUAAUGGGUAGGUGGAGGAGAGCAAGAGUGGAAUUCAGUAUUGAAAUCCGUUGGUAAUUCUUCCCCCAGAAAUACUUGUUGUUGUUUUUUGUUUUUUUUUUUUUUU